ACCCGACCUCGCAGUGGAGGGGGCGGGGGCGCUGCUCCAUGCCAGGGAGGUGUUAGCGGCCGCGGAGCCGCUGGGGCGUCGAGGGCGAGGGUGCGGGGCGGCUGGCUGGCUUGCGGGGUUCUUCCCCUCCUCCCCUCGAAUCCCCGCGCGCAGCUCGGCUUUCGGGGCGUUUGGAAGAGGCCGCCGCGGCUGCGCGGGAGCGGGAGAUGUUGGAGCUGAGGCACCGCGGAGGCUGCCCCGGUCCCGGCGGGGCGGUGGCACCGCCACCCCGCGAGGGAGAGGCGGCCGGCGGCGACCACGAAACCGAGAGCACCAGCGACAAAGAAACAGAUAUCGAUGACAGAUAUGGAGAUUUGGAUUCCAGAGCAGAUUCUGAUAUUCCAGAUAUCCCGCCAUCCUCAGAUAGGACCCCCGAGAUUCUCAAGAGAGCUCUGUCUGGGUUAUCCUCAAGGUGGAAAAACUGGUGGAUCCGUGGGAUUCUGACUCUAACCAUGAUUUCGAUGUUUUUCCUAAUCAUCUACAUGGGAUCCUUUAUGCUGAUGCUUCUUGUCCUCGGCAUCCAGGUGAAAUGCUUCCAUGAAAUCAUCACCAUCGGGUACAGAGUCUAUCAUUCGUAUGAUCUCCCGUGGUUCAGGACACUAAGCUGGUACUUCCUAUUGUGUGUAAACUACUUUUUCUAUGGAGAGACUGUUGCAGAUUAUUUUGCUACGUUUGUCCAAAGAGAAGAACAGCUUCAGUUCCUCAUUCGCUACCACAGAUUUAUAUCAUUUGCCCUUUAUCUGGCAGGUUUCUGCAUGUUUGUGCUGAGCCUGGUGAAGAAGCAUUAUCGACUGCAGUUUUACAUGUUCGCAUGGACUCAUGUCACUUUACUGAUAACCGUUACUCAGUCACAUCUUGUCAUCCAGAAUCUGUUUGAAGGCAUGAUAUGGUUCCUUGUUCCAAUAUCGAGUGUUAUCUGCAAUGACAUAACUGCUUACCUUUUUGGAUUUUUUUUUGGAAGAACUCCAUUAAUAAAGUUAUCCCCUAAGAAGACUUGGGAAGGAUUCAUUGGAGGGUUUUUCUCCACAGUCGUGUUUGGAUUCAUUGCCGCCUAUGUGCUGUCCAAGUACCAGUACUUUGUCUGCCCGGUGGAGUACCGCAGCGACGUGAACUCCUUUGUCACGGAAUGUGAGCCUUCCGAGCUCUUCCAGCUUCGGAGUUAUUCCCUGCCCUCCUUCCUGAAGGCCGUGUGGAGGCAGGAAACAGUGAGCUUGUACCCCUUCCAGAUUCACAGCAUUGCUCUUUCAACUUUUGCAUCUUUAAUUGGCCCAUUUGGAGGGUUCUUUGCCAGUGGGUUCAAAAGAGCUUUCAAAAUCAAGGAUUUUGCAAACACCAUCCCUGGACACGGCGGGAUAAUGGACAGAUUUGACUGUCAGUAUUUGAUGGCGACGUUUGUGCAUGUGUACAUCACAAGCUUUAUAAGGGGCCCGAAUCCCAGCCGCGUGCUGCAACAGCUGUUGGUGCUUCAGCCGGAGCAGCAGCUACAUAUAUACAAAGCCCUCAAGACGCAUCUCAUCGAGAAAGGACUCCUGCAGCCCACCCUGAAGGUGUAACGGACCCACAGGGGGAAGGCCCAGCAAGACGGGGCUCUCCAGGCAAGCACAGGCCGAUGGACUUUUGUAAUUGUACAGAAAAAAAAAAAAAGCUUUAAAAUGCAAUAGAUUUGAAGUUUUACAGAUCUGAAUGUUUCUUCUUCUGAAAUUACUGUGAAUAUUUAACAAACACGUACUUGAUCUAAGUUAUGGAAUAAGUAGCAAAUUGCCAGCAAAAAUAUCCGGUACCUUUUCUAAGGCGCAUUUUCCAAUGUCCGUUUCCUUCCCCUCACUCGCUCUUGGUUUCAUCCGUUAAAAGCCUCGUGUUUUUAAAAAGUCAAACACUAUAAAGUAAGAACAUGGAGGAUAUCUCAAGAGUGCAUCUGGCACAGGGACCUUUGACACUAAUAUUUACUUUCACACUUGGAGCUGCUCUCCGCUUGAGCAAGAUGUUUUAUGUGAGGCCUGGCAGGAAGUUUGUUCUCCUGCACUUCCUCCUCCCGUGGCCUCAAGUAUCUUCAGAAGGGCCGCCUUGGACACCUGUUCCCCCCUUAAAAAAAAAGAUUGUCCACUUGCGAAAGAGGUGGUCAUUUGCCAGGAGAAAGCAUUGUGCUCUCAGGCCGGUUCAACAUUGACCAGAGGAAGGCUGAAAGGUCCGCGCUCACUGGCUGCUCUGGGAGCAUGCCUCCUCUGCUUCUGAUAGCAUUGUGGGGAAACACAGAAACUCACAGAAGGUUCUCAGGAGAAACAAAAGAGGACUUGACUGCAAAGAACACGAAGUGCAGAUCCCUCCCUUUGAUGGGAAGUGAGGACAGAGCCCCGGAAGCAGCAGGGACAUGCAGCAAUGGCUGCCGCCUGGUCAAGACUUUCUCUUGGUUUCUUUCUGCUUUCUCUACGCCCUGCAGCCAGGAGUCUGUGCUGAGAUUGACAGGGGCAGUGACUUGCAGCAGACUGCAGGGUGCUUGACUGAGUGAGGAAGACCUGUUCUUCGGAGGAGGGAGGCCCUGCCCAUCCAGGUCCUGGUGCCUGCGUUCUCCCUCCGGAAGCCCAGCAGGAAAGGAGGCAGAUGCCUGGCUGCUCAGGCACAGGGCCACUCCCUGGUCACAGCUAAGGCUUGUCCCGUUGCUCUUUCGCAUCAUGCCAUAAAAUUUGAAGACAGUGACUGAUUGCUUUUUCUUCUAAGAAUGAAAAAUGAAGCAGAAGUGGUCCCCGUCAUGAGCGAGAGCCCCCUCUGCGGCGGGCUGGGUGCUCUGAGCACGUGCAGGUGCAUUUGUAAUCAGUGGUCUUAGCUAAGCUAUCUACCGCUGCUGUGUAUUCUCUGCAAGAGCAUUUGAAACAUUGGAGGGGAGGCUCUAAGCCUUUGAAACUACCAGUGCUCCUGGCUAAAUAUCCAGAGAGGAGAAGCAAAUAUAUUUUAAAGAAUGUUUUGCUAACGAAAAGAGUAAAUAUUUUGGGUUAAAUAGAUACAAAUUUUCAUUUCUAGAUUUCCAUCCUACAACUAUAUCUAAAAUAAAAGAUUGCAGAUGUAGGUACACUCAGUACCAAGACCUCAUUCCUUGGUCUGGUCUGCAUUCAGCUGAUGUAUCUCCCCUGGAGGUGUUCUGCCAU